AUGCAGGAUAAAGAAAAAACCCCAUACUCACCAGAGGCCACAAGCCCCCAGGCAGCCGAAAAUGCCAUCGAAGAAGGCGAGGUCUUUGCAGCCACCUCCUCAGGCGUCAACUUCCGCAAGGUAGGCUGGUUCAAUGCCACCGUGAUCUUCACCAAGAUCCUCUUCGCCACGGGCGUGCUCUCGCUCCCCUCAGCCCUGUACUCCCUCGGCGCAGUCGGCGGCGGAAUCAGCAUCGUCGCCUGGGGCGCCUUCAAUUGCUACUGCUUUGUGAUCCUGGGCAACUUUCGCAACAGACACCCGCACUGCCACUCGAUUGCGGACAUGGCCGAGGUAGCAGGAGGCGUGGUCGCGAAGGAAGUGACCGGCUUGCUGUUUAUCAUCGCAUAUGUCCUUGUAACAGGAAGUGGGAUCAUUGGUGUCUCAACCGCUCUAAAUGCGCUAUCUCACCAUGCAGCCUGCACAGUCUGGUGGUCGUUCCUAGCGACCGUGGUCAUCGUGGCCACAGCAUCCAUCCGCAAGCUCGAGCACGUCGGCUGGCUAUCCUAUGCCGGAUUUCUAUCUAUCUACGUUGCCGUGCUGAUUGUCGUUAUCGGAGUCACGCAGCAAGAUAGACCUGCUGCUGCGCCCCAAGAAGGACCGUAUGACCUGGGGUAUGUCGCUAUCAACGACCCCGGGUUCGCGGCUGGAAUGGUGGCGUCCUGCACGAUCUUCGUGUCCUCAGCGGGCACGAGUGCCUUCCUGCCUGUGAUCUCGGAGAUGCGGAAUCCGAGGGAGUAUAAGAAGCCGUUGUAUUUUUGUAUGACGCUUGUGACGGCAUCGUACCUGGCGUUCAGCUUGGUUGUCUAUCGGUGGUGUGGGAUGUGGGUUGCUAGUCCGUCGUUGGGGAGCGCCGGACAAACAAUCAAGAUGGUCUCGUACGGCGUUGCGCUGCUCGGUCUGAUCGUGAGCGGUACGCUCUAUCUACACGUCGGCGCAAAAUACGUCUUUGUCCGCCUCCUGCACAGAACUCACCACCUACAAUCCAACACCCUAACCCACUGGACCACCUGGUUCGCCUGCACAACGAUCCUCGGCGCACUAGCCUUCGUGCUCGCUUCCGCAAUUCCAAUCUUCAACUACCUGAUCGCGCUUGUGGGCUCAGUGUGCUUUGCGCCCCUGGCCAUGAGUCUGCCGGGGUGGCUGUGGCUGUAUGAUCACGGCGAGUACAGGAAGGGAAAUGUAGGACAGAAGGUCGUGUGGGUGCUGCAUGUGGGCCUUGUGCUUCUGGGACUGUUCUUUUGUGUGGGCGCGACGUAUGGCGUCGUUGUUGAGAUUGUGGAUGCGUAUGAGAGUGGGGUUAUUGGGUCGGCGUUUAGCUGUGCGGAUAACUCGGGGUCCUCGUGA